AUGAAACAGCCGGAUGCUGCACGACCUAUAAAUUUCAGACCUAACAACUGCUAUAGGUUCAUUGUCGAAGCUAUCAAGAAGCACAUGAUUGAUGAAGAUGGAACGUUGAAAUUCCAGGUCAAGUGGGAGGGCUAUGAGAAGAAGUCAGAUAUGACUUGGGAGCCAGAGGAAAACCUACUGGAGUCAGCGGGCGAGAUUCUCAGUGCCUAUCUCGAAUCCAUCGGCGGGCGAGACAAGAUCUUUGAGGAGACACAGGAAGCCUCCAGAGGCAAGAAGCGCAAUCGAACGACCAGCACAACACCAGCUGCUACUACGAAGCGUUCCAAGAGAAACGGAACACACCCUGGCGACUCGGCACCCCCAGCUACAGCAGCGAAAUGGAGCCCUCCAGCGGGGUCGUGGGAAGACGAGAUUGACACGAUUGACGCCUGCGAGGACGAAGGUAGUGGCCGGCUCGUUGUUUACCUUGUGUGGAAGAAUGGCCGUAAGACGAAGCAUGACACGAAGGUCAUUUACAAGAAGUGCCCCCAAAAGAUGCUACUAUUCUACGAACGACAUGUGCGAAUCAUACGGGAGGAGAACAAGGCAUUGACAGAAUAG